AUGCAUGUGAUCGAACGCGUGGCAUGCUGGCUUCCGAAGACGCAAGACGUGGAAGAGUGGGCUCGAUUUUUUAGUGUUCAUGAACGAUUUGGGAUGGAAAAGGCCCUGACCAUGAUUCGCGCCCAGACCCAAGGACCUACGUUCCGGCACCCAUCCGAGCAAGAUGGUUUUGCGAAGCAGCAUGGGUUCAAUCCUGACGGGAUGAAAGCAGAGGCGAGGAGUGCUGAUGAAAUCUUUCCUGAGACCGCUAGCAAAGAGUUGCGUGAAGCCAAGUUGAAAGACCAAACAUCCGUAUACUCAAAGCCUGGGCUCCUAUUCCAAGCUCUGAUUCCGGGUCAAAGCAAGUAA